AUGAAAGAUGACAAUAUUGGGUCUGGACAGACUAGCGAUAUAAUUAAGGUCUUAGAUGGCCGUGAUUACUAUAUAAAUUAUAAUGAUGGAAGGAUAAUAAGUUACUCCAGACUACAACUUUCACUUAAUAAUAAUAGUGUCACAAUGGGAUCAGAACAAUCAUCUGUACCUCCAAAGAAGCAGGUUCAAAGGCCACAACAAAUGAGGCGAGGCCACACUAUAGCUGUCUCAAAUAUACCAGAUACAUCAAGAUCAUCAGAUCCCACAGCCAGUGGCAACAAUUCACCAGGGACGAGCAUCUGUUCUGAUUCAGAACUUCCGUACAUAUCAUAUACAGUUGAUCGGCCUAUUGGAGAUUCUCCAAAAGCAUCAGCAAGGAACCAACGUACUACUGAUAAUAAGAAAUCCUUACUGCAAAGGCGACAGUUGAGCCUCCAAGCCAGGAAAACGAAAUUAGCGCGUGACAUUAUUGUAGUAAAACCAGCAACGGAUGACCAGCUCGAUGAGGAUAUACAGAGAUUACAAGAGAUACCAACAUUUCUCCCCAUCAUGAGAGGAACUUUGGGUCUGCCCGGGGCACGAGAUCCUGAGGUAUUAGAAGGUUUAGACUACAGGCCGUGGAUCCGUGUGACGACCCGUCUCCAAGCUCACCUGGCGGCGUGUGCGCAUCCUUUGGCAGCUGAAGAGAUAUCUCUCGCCUCUAAGAUCAAAGAGGCGGACACAGAGAUCUCCCGGCUGUACUCGCAGCUGGUGGACCGGCAGAGAGCCAACGCGCGUCACGCCGAGCGCCUCGCGCGCGUGCACGAGGUCUCGCACCAGCUCGCCAGGUGCAACUCCUUGCUGCAUCAGACACUGCAAGACGCAGAAGAAUUAAACGCACUAUUGCCAGAAGACAAACGUUUGGAACCAUUCGUGUGGAAUAUAGAAGAAGAACGUUGA